AGGUAAAUUUAUUCUCCACCCUGUAAAAUGUUCGCUGAUAUGAACCCAGAAAAACGGCAAGCAUACCCAUUAGAAUGAUAGAAAAGUGAUUGCCAACUAAAAGAAAAUGGUGAUCGGACUGGCAAAGACAGUGUUGUGUUUCCACUUUUUUCUGUGCAUAGUGCAUUGCUACCAAACUGACGAUCAUAGAACUAAAAAGCACCAAGUGACGUCACAUCUCGCUGAUAGUCGACACAAACCGUCGCGGUACUCAAAAUUCGACAAAGUGAUGACGAGGAUAGAGAACUUGAGAGUGGAGGACGAAAGUCCCAACAAGCAAAACUAUAGGCUGAGACAUAAAGGUAGCUAUCAUAGCUACAGAAAAACGACUACAACUACUACUACGACGGAAUCGUCGUUAUUUGAUUUGGGGGAGGAUAAUUUUGAAGAUUACUACUCAGACGGAUUGAUUGGUCGUCGUUGAUAUCCAACUCUCUGGAUGGCUG